AUGCGAUUCACCACCACUUUGCUCAGCAUCGCCAGCCUGGGCUUCAGCGUCUUACCUGUGCAAUCUGCGGUGCUCCCCACCGCUGACCUAUCUGCCCGCGCCGAGGAGAUGGAAAAGCGUCACUUCUAUGCUGCUCCUGACGCCGUGGAGAAGCGUCACUUCUAUGCCGCUCCUGAUACCGUGGAGAAGCGUCACUUCUAUGCCGCUCCCGAUGCUAUGGAGAAGCGUCACUUCUACGCUGGCCCUGACACCGAUGAGGCAUCAGCGGCAGCCUAA